AAUCCCAUUUCAGUUAUGCAAGCAACAGAGGUGCACUGUACUGACCAAAUUGCAGAAGUAUCAUGACUUUCAGCUUCUGGAAAAACUGAAUUUUCAACCUGUUGACACAUCCCCCUCUGCUGAUUCACAGAUGUAGGAGCUUUAUAUAGAGGGUGGGGAGCAAAACUUCUCUCAGUCUGUAUAUCUACAACACAGAGCAAGUACUACAGCAUACUCCGCAACCAGGACAUUAUGACGCGGAUUUAUCAUCUAAUUGGAAUCUUAGUUUCCCUUAUGAUCCAUUUGACUCAUAGCCAGUGCCCUAAGGACUGCAAAUGUCUUCGUGCUGGCCAAGUGGACUGUUUUGGAGCAGACAUUGUUGAAAUUCCACGUACUUUUCCUCAGAACAUCAGAACACUUCAAAUAAUAAGCACUGAGGUGACAGAACUAGAAAAUGGUAUUUUGGAAAACAUGACAUCUUUAUUGAUUUUGCGGAUUGAAAAAAGUGAACUGUCUACCAUAGGAUCAAAUGCAUUUAACAACCUCAUAUCCCUGCGUUAUCUAAGCUUGUCUAACAAUAAACUGCAAGAAUUACCUGUAGGUUUAUUUAAUGACCUAGAAAAAUUGGAAACUCUUAUGCUCUCAAACAACUUGCUUGGUCAGAUUCAGCCAUCAUUAUUUGCUUCAUUAAUUAACGUAAAAGAACUCAGUUUGUUAGGAAACAGCCUCCGUUCCAUACCAAGAGGGGCUUUUGACCAGAUGGGUGGACUCCUUAAAUUGAAUUUAGCCAAAAAUAAUCUCACACGUCUGCAUCCCAAAACUCUGGAUAAGGUCACUAAACUGCAGACUCUACGGCUGUAUGAAAAUCAGCUAAAGGAAAUCCCAGAAGGACUCUUGAAAACGCUGACCAGUCUGCAAGAAGUUGGAUUACAAAGUAACCAGAUCAGCCAAAUAUCUGCUGAUGCAUUCUCUAACAAUCCCGAUUUACAAAAAUUGUACUUAUCAAAUAACAAGAUCGCAUUGUUACCACAGGGUUUAUUUCUAAAUCAGCCUGAGCUCUCCAAACUUACAUUAUUUGAAAAUGCAAUAAAACACAUCUCUAUAGGAGUGUUUGGUACAAUGCCAAAACUAAAGGAACUCUGGCUAUAUGAUAACCAACUUGAGGCUCUCGUAGAUAAUGUCUUUUUCAACCUAACCCAAAUACAGUUACUAAUUAUAUCCAGAAAUCAAAUUCACUCCAUCUCUGCAGCUGCUUUCAAUGGCUUGGAUGAGCUCCUGGAACUCUCACUGCAUACCAAUGCACUUUCCACUUUAAAUGAAAAUGUUCUCCAGAGUCUUUCCAAGCUGCAGAAUAUAUCUCUCCACAGUAAUAGGAUUGAACAUCUGCCUACAGGUGUCUUUAGAAACAUGGACACUAUAAUGACCAUACAACUGCAAAAUAACUCGCUCGAGAAUCUACCUGAGGGUAUUUUUGACUCUCUUGUGAAUUUAAAUGAAGUAAAACUUAAUAAUAAUCCAUGGAAAUGUGACCUUCAACUUCUCCCUCUCAAGACCUGGAUUGACCAUAAUAAACACAAACUUGGGAACAACAGCCAGCUUGUGUGCACCAACCCACCUUAUGCAGGCACACCUAUAGCUGAGAUAGAUGAAAAACAAUUAGUAUCUUUGACUUCUCAAAUAGCACCAGGAGUGUUCCACACUUCUACAAUAGCACCAGAAGUGCUACACACUUCUACAGUGGCUCCAGAAGUGUUCCACACAACAAACCAAGAUACAACUGUCCAGUUUAUAUCAACAACACUAUCUGAGAAUUCAGCAGAUUCAUCCACUGAGGAAACCAAAGAAGAUGACAUUUCUGAUGAGUAUCCAACAGACAUUCCCCCUGAUAACAGAUUGCCUGGUGGAAACAAGCUGGUGGGUGUAGUUGUUGCAAUAAUAGUCCUGUGCUGUAUAGCAAUUGUUUGCACAGUUAUUGCUUGUGUAUUAUAUAACAGAAAGAAAAAGAACCAUGUCAUUGCCAUGAGAAUGAAGCAGCAAAGUGAAGCAUGAAGGAACUAUUGUGUAACUUACAAUCACUGAAAAACUUUUCCAACAAUAAUGUUUCUGGGGUUUGUACAGAAGCACUGUUAUAUGACUGUAUAGUCUAUCAGACUUUGCCUGGAGAUAACAAGACUUGGCACCCUGCAUCUUACAUAGCUGAGUCUUUACUCUUAUCCAUUCAGAAGCGGUCCUAAAAAGACGCAAUAAAGGGGAUAUCAUAAUAUUUUCUUAAGCGGAGGAGUGGAUCCACUCAAUAUUUUUCUCAACCACAUAACACUACUACUUAUCUGUAUAUAUCUAUGCACCACAUGCGUAUUUUAUUCUUAUGCUUAAACAAAAGAAUACUAUCCCCUUAUGGUCACAGCUGGUACUGCAUAUGCAUUUUUUUCUGCGGUAUACUCUCACAACCCAAGGCUGUAUUCAUGUUUUCCUGGGGGUUUUUUUGUGGGAGGAUUUAUUACAUUUUGUCCCGACAAGACUGACCAUUAUGAAUGUACAAUUAACUUCUCACCACAACAUUUGCAAAUUUGAGUAUGUUAUUUUUUUUAUAUAGUCACACUGACCAAAAUAAUUAUUUUGUAUAUAAUUGUAAUUGAUAGUCUUCUCCAUGGACUGUUAAUUGCUUUUUAUUGAUUUAAGUGCAUAAAUGGCAUAAUAGGUGUAAAAAAUAAAUAAAAAACAUUUCCAUGCUAAUUUGUAGGCAUAAUAACAUCUUUUAAGAAAUCUUGUGUACUGUUAUAAGAGCACACAGUAUUUGUACACACUUUUAAGAAGAAAUGUAGAUAUUAAGGAGGGAUUUCAAUUAUGUGCAAAUGAUUUCACAUGGCCGAAUCAGCGUGUCAGCAGCCGCACUUAACAGCAGCCCGAUCUUGCACAUAACUGUUCGCUACCUCAUAGGGUAGCGAGCACUUUUGAAUGAAUUUGAAAUUCGGCUAGGCGGGAAAAGGGUGAGAGAUGGGGUGCUGUUGCCAGCAUUGCAACAUUAUGGCAACGGCAAUUCGCACCCUUAGACUGCAAUUGAAUUCCUCCUAAAUCCAUUAUAAGUACAUAAUUAUAGUAUAACAUUUCCAUAGCUUAAAACGGUCUUGAGUAUAACACACCUAUUUGGAUUAAAUAUGCACAUCAUCAGGACUUUAUUCAUAGGUUAAAUUUACAAAGUAUAGUAGUCUGUCAUUCUUAGGUGAAAUGAAUAAUUUGUAUGUUUGACCAAUGAAGAAUAGCUUAGCACUUGUUGAAUUUAAGUUUAAAAGCUAAGUUCUAGCCAUUGAUUUUUACCUAACAACAUCACUCCCUACAUGCAGCAGAACCAUGGAUCUCAUGACAAUGACCAUAGCAUUUGACAGACCCAUCUUAAUAGGGCACUGUCUAAUUUGCACCUGUGUCACAAGCUGUUUGCCUUUGUCAACUCAGGGGCCUGAAACAAUGUAUACACAGGCAGACUUCUGUAAAACAGUAGCGGUAAGUGUCAUGAGACCUCUGGGGUUAGGGUAGUUAGCAUGAGGGGGCUGUUACUGUUUAGGUGGAGUUAGCCUUUAAGGGGUAACAGCUGGUCAGCAGUGCUUUUAUUUAGUUGUGCAUAGACUUUCUGUGUUGGUAUUAGGUUUGUUGUAAAUAUAACCAACCACUAUAACUUUGCUUUAUUAUAAAGUUUGAAUAUCUUUGUGGAGGAAUUUGACACAUAUUUAUUACUGUGACUGUACUUACUAUAGUACCUUGCUUCUAGUAUCAGGGUAUAAUAAAGAUACAGCCACAAAUUUACCACAUAAAUCAUUAAGCCCAUAGUAGUUCCUAGAACGUGGUAUCAGUGCCUUUUUGUUUUUAUCCGAGAACUGUUGACAAACAGGAGCCAAAGUAUCUUUUACAGACUCUUGUGUCAUAAACAGGAUGCAGUUAUAAUGCUGGCUGUCGGGAUCCCGGCGUUCAGGAGCCCGAUACUGGAAUCCUGACAGGCGACAUAUUACCAGCUGUCGGAAUGCCGACACCCGUCCGUAAUUCCCACUCAGUUGGUGAGUCCAUGCCACCAACCAAGUGGGAAUAGAACCUGUUAGCCCAUAUGGUCCGAACUGUGGUGAGCGUAGCAAGCCCAUGAGGGUACUUUCUGCCUGUAUGCCGGCAGAUGGGAUGCCGCUGUCGGUAUACUGAUAGUCAGAAUCCCGUCAGCCGGUAUAUCAUCCCCAUUCCGUCAUAAACAACCUUGAGAGUAGUUUAUAAACAGUAGUUUACCUGUGGAAGCAGUUCUAUGGACACCUGUACAGCCUCCGAGCAAAAAGGUAUAGUAAGUUAGUGCCUCAUUACACCCACCCACACAUACUGUAGGGGGGAAAUCAAUGGUGCCUGAUAAGUUUUGAGGCAAAAAAAAAAUGGUCUGUUAUCAUGAUUUUUGCCCAAUGGUGGUCAACAAGUAAUGCAAUUGCAGCCCGUUUUUUUCACCCAAAAUUUAAAUUUUUGGGUGAAAACACAUGGACCGGGAUAUGAUUGUGAAAACGGGUCAGUUAUUGGGGAUUUUUCCUGAAGUUGCAGCUCAUUGAAUUCCCCCCAUGGGCCUGAUUCUGAGGUAGGAGUAAAGCAGGAGCAAGUAACUUUUCACCUUAGCAAAACCAUGCUGGACUGCAGGUGGGGCAGAUAUAAAAUGUGUAGAAAGAUUUUGAUAUGAGAGGGGCAUGUCCAACCUUAAAUCUAAAUUAAUGUGUUAAAAAAACAGCUGUCUAGCAUUUGUAGGCUACAUGCAAAGGCAGCCAGUAUUUGCCAAGCAUGCAAAAAUUAGAAAAUAAAUGUAUUUGCACACUUUAUUAUUUAUUACGUUUCUUAUUUAGCGCAGCAAAUUCCGUUGCACAUUACAAAUUGUACACAAAACUGGAUAAUUACAAACAGUCAUAGAUGUAGGAAGGUCCUGCUUGCAAGCUUACAAUCUUUGCCUUGCAACGUGGUUUGUCCAGGUGAACAGUUACUUGCUUGUUUUUGCAUUACUCCCACCUCAGACUCAGGGCCACUACAUAGACCUUGACUUAGGGGGUCAUUCUGACCCGUUCGCUCGCUUUUUAUUGCAGCCAAGCAAACAGGUGCCCACUGCGCAUGCGCCAGCGCCGUAGUGAUUGACAGGCAGAGGCGGUCGCUGGGCGGGAGGGGACAGAACGGUGGCAUUUGGCUGCCGUUUUGUGGGUGCAGUCUGGCCAAUGCAGGCGUGGCCGGACCGUGCGGGGAGUGGCCCGCAGCGGCUGCGUGAUGUCAUACGCCGCCACUGCGGGCCGGGUAGCGACGAGUAGCUCCCGGCCAGCACGCAAAAGCUGCGCUGGUCGGGAGCUACUCUUGAAGUGCAAAGGCAUCGCCGCUGUGCAAUGCCUUUGCACUUCUGCAGAGGGGGACGGCACUGACAUGCGGGGCGGGCUAGCCCUGUGCUGGGCGUCCCCCCGCAUGUCAGUGUGAAUUUAACUCGGAAUGACCCCCUUAGUCAAUUCAGUUACAUGGACAGUGCCAGUGUUUCUGCUUUUAAUAGUGCAUUUCUGCCUUCUGAGUUCCCUGAAGCGGCACAAUCUGGCUUUUGGCACUAGGUAAAGAUAAGGUAAGGGGGAGGGAUCAUCACGUACUGUAGUUAAAGGCUAUGCUGGGGAAGGUUCUAAAAACAAGCCCCUCUAAAUGAACCCUGUUAGAUUCAAAUGUAAUUUUCUUACUCUAAAGUGAAACUAAAGGAAUAAUUUUAAUUCAAUUUAAACACACAAAGUAAAUAUUAGUGUUAAAAUGAAAACAUUUUAUUUAAUAUACAGUAACCUUAAUGUCACCUGUGUGGAGUCAUUUUACUGGUGGUCCGCUUCAUUUCACUGCCCAUUUUUGGGGUAAUAUUGAACCUGCUCCUCCAACUGCAAAAUGCUUAAACAGAGUAUCUAUGGAUAGAUAGACAGCGAGUAGAGAAGGUAUCUCAGUGCCUAUUUUCAUGGUAGUCCUCACAUAUGUGGUAUCCCAUUUUAUGAUUUAAAUGAUGCAUUGUUAUUUUUAAAUAUUUGUCUUUAUUUUGUAAUAAAAGUUCUACUUUGUAAAAAAAA